AGAGUAUACAAUAGAAAGAAACAUUUCAGAGCAUUCAAUAGCAUAUACUGCACUCAUAUUCUGCUACAUCAUACUAGUUUUUCAAAUCAGAAAAGACAGCGGAGUCUUCUUUUAUUUAUUGUCUUAGAUAUCCCAUUGGUUGAGUUUUUCAGUAACCUCAAACUUUAUUUACAACCUAUUCUUAUCAGUUUUACUUUCUCUUCGUUCUGCUAUGAAUGUGCUAGUAUAUUCUGGACAGGGAACGACCACCGAAAGCGUUAAGCACUGCUUGGAAUCGUUAAGGCUCCAUUUAUCUCCAUAUUAUGCAGUGGUGACUAUCUCAGAGCAGUCGAUUCUCAACGAUCCAUGGAUUUAUAAGACAUCCUUGUUGGUGAUUCCUGGAGGCGCCGAUUUGCCUUAUUGCAACGUAUUUAAUGGUGAGGGCAACAGAAAGAUUUCACAGUUUGUCCGCAAAGGAGGCAAGUUCUUGGGCUUUUGCGCUGGUGGCUAUUACGGGUCAGCAAGAGUUGAGUUUGAAGUGGGCAAUCCUCGUCUCGAAGUUUCAGGUCCACGAGAGUUGCAAUUUUUCCCAGGAACUUCAAAAGGUUGUGCUUAUAAGGGAUUUGUGUAUGAGUCUCACAAGGGAUCCCGUGCUGCUUUCAUAGACGUCAAUACUUCUAUCUUGACAGACUCUCCUGCUCAAGUAGUCAACUACUACAACGGUGGAGGAGUCUUUUUGAAUGCUUCAAAGUACGCGGGAGUGCAAGUAUUGGCUACCUAUAGUGCUGAUAUAGAUGUGGAAGACACGGAAAGAGCGGCUGUGGUAUACAAGAAGUUUGGUAAAGGUGACGUCAUCUUGACUGGAACUCAUCCUGAGUUCACACCAUCCUUGUUAAAGGAAUCAGAUGGCGAUGAAAAGUAUGCCAAAGUCAUUCAGACUAUCCGAGACGGCGACCAUGGGCGUAGAAUGUUCUUCAAAUCGUGCUUAGGCAAGCUAGGUUUGAAGGUUAAUGAGAAUGUAGACGUCACUGUACCCAAAAUUACUCCCAUAUUAUUGUCAUCUCAUUUGAAUAAGGUCACGGUCAAUAACUUGUUGAGUUCCUUGAAAUCAAAGGAGGAUUUCCAUGGAAACUCUUUGGAAGACGACAACGACACGUUUGUGUUCCAUGAUGAGACCGAAAACGACCACGACUAUUUUCUUGACAGUUCAACUGACAACGUGGAGGACGCCAAUCUGGUGCCAAAACACAUCAAGCUCUUCAGCGAGGGUAACUUGCCUGAUCCCAAGACAACACCCUACUUUCACAUGGGUGCAUAUUUCAGUCAUUUGGAACGGUUGUACAAUGGAAAGGUGGGAGAAUUUGGUUCCAUCUUGGGGUAUGGAGAAGUGGUCACUUCUACCAAUACGUUAAUGGACAGAAACCCCAAACUUUUGCGGAAUUUGCCCAAUGGCUUCGCUUUAACUGCUACUACACAAGUAGCCGGAAGAGGUCGUGGAGGCAAUGUUUGGAUCAACCCCAAAGGAGUGAUGGCAGCUUCGGUUUUAUUCAAAAUCCCAUCGGGUGAGACACAUGCUUCUUCAGUAGUCACUUUGCAAUACUUAUGUGGAUUGGCAUUGAUAGAAUCUAUAUUGGGAUACGGAAGCUUCGAAGAUGGAAAGGGUGUUGGAUACGAAGACAUGCCAGUCAGAUUGAAAUGGCCAAAUGAUAUCUAUAUCUUGAAGCCAGAAUUCUACACCAAGAUAAGCAAUAAGGACGAAACAAGUUCGACUGUAGAAGGAGACGAUGCCAAGUGGGCCAAAGUGUCUGGGGCUUUGAUCAACUCCCAAUUCUUAAAUAAUACAUUCCACUUGGUGUGGGGAGGAGGUGUCAACGUGUCUAAUGAAGCUCCAACUACUUCAUUAAAUAUCGUAUUGGCGAAAUUGAACAAUAUAAGAACUCAAAAGGGGUUACCCGAACUUCCACCUUAUCAGCACGAACUACUCUUAGCCAAGUUGAUGCAUACUAUGGAUGGGUUCUACUCUGUCUUUAAGCACUCUGGUUUGAAACCGUUCUUGCCAUUGUACUACAAGAGAUGGUUCCAUUCCAAUCAGUUAGUUAAGCUCCAACGCGAUGGCCGCGAACGUGAUGUAAAGGUUACCGGUAUCACAGCAGAUUACGGAUUAUUAAUAGCUGAGGAUACUCUGACUAAGGAUUUGCUAUUUCUACAACCCGAUGGAAACUCGUUUGAUAUCUUCAAAGGAUUAAUUUAUAAAAAGUAGAAUAGAUAGUACAACAGUAGAAGGACAGUAUUAUAGAUCAAAAAAACGCAGAAAGCAUGAAGUCACAUAAU